AUGGCCCCUAAAAGAAAACACAAGACAUUGUCCAUAAAACAAAAAAGUGAAAUUAUUGAAAGACUUAACAAGGGAGAAAGUGGUAAAGUGUUGGUCGCUGAGUAUGGGGUUGGAAGAUCUACAAUCUGUGACAUAAAAAAGAAAAAGGCUAAAAUAGACAGAUUUAUUGGUCAAUGUGAAUCUGCCCCAGGGCUCAGAAAAACUUUACGAAAAGCUGAAUAUGCUGAAAUGGAAACUCGUUUGUAUGCAUGGUUUUGUAGACAAAGAUCGAGGCAUGUCCCAAUUUCCUAUGAAAUUUUAUCUGCUAAAGCAAGACAGUUUUAUACCGAAACAUAUGGAAAUGAUAAUUUUAGAGCUAGCAGGGGCUGGAUUUGUAACUUUCGAAAAAGGCAUAGUCUUCGUGCUUUAAAAGUGUGCGGCGAAAAACUAUCCAAUGAUCAAAGUGUCGUCAAUCCUUUCUUGACUACAUUUAAAGAGAAGGUAAGACAAUUAAAUCUUGUGGCUACUCAAAUAUACAACGCCGACGAAUCGGCUCUCUACUGGAAAAUGUUGCCGGAAAAAACGCUGGUUCGUUCCCAAGAGAAGACCGCACCAGGUCGAAAAAUAAGCAAAGAACGGGUAACAUUUUUAGCUUGUUGCAAUGCAAAUGGGUCACAUAAACUAAAGAUGCUAGUGAUAGGAAAGGCAAAAAAUCCACGGGCAUUUAAAAACGCAGACAUUCCUGUUGAAUACAAAUCCUCUGCUAAUGCAUGGAUGACUACAACAAUUUUUUAUUAUACCUGA